CACCUGAAUAUUCGCCCUCUCCACACCUCGUCGCUGCCACUAUGGACCAGCACGACGCCAACUUCUGCGCCGUCUGCAGCAAGAUGAUCGAGCCCCGCCGCGCUCUCGUCCCCGUCAACCUCUCCCUCCCCCUCCGUCUUCACCUCAACACCCAGAUCAGGCGCGCCACAAGGGCCGCCGCAAUGGACUUGUCCACGGAACGGGGCGCGUUCGUCCCAACGGUUCUUUAAAGCAUCCGCCCCAAGAGACCGUGAAAACCCGUGUCGAAAUUGAUCAAUCGCCUGCCCCACUAUUUUGCUCUGAGGCUUGCCGUCAGCAAGACAUGCAGUACUUCCACAGCUCGUCCGCGUGUCGCGGCAGUGCCUCAAGUAGCUCAUCGCACAGUGUCUCCUCCAAUGGGCCUUCAGCACAUACCUCGCCCCCCAGUCGGGAAUCUCGCCCGAGCACCCCCGAGUCGCGCUCCCUGGCAAUCCUUCAGCGGGAGCUCAACAUCCCCGACCUGCCACCUCGGACAUGGGAUUCGAUGGAUAUCCUCCCACCUCGCUCUCAAGCUCCGAAGAAUACCAACACCGAGUUCCAGCAGGGUGUCAUGAUGGCUGCUCGCCGCAUGGAGUCUGUCUUCCCCAAGGCGCGCAAAGCCGGCGAGCCUGUUAAGCCGAUGGAGGUCAUCCCCGGCUGGAACGACGGCAGCCAAGCGUGGCGCCAGAGCACCUACAACUUCGCCCCGCCGCCGAAGACAAGAGCGGAUGUGUUGGAUCCCAGGAGCAAGGCCUAUGGCACUAUCAUCGCCACACCUCACCGCAACAGCGGCGGUGUCGUUGCGGAAGACCCGCGCAUGUAUGAUAUGGAGCCUAGCUCGCCCACCUGGUCGACAGCCCCUUCGAAUGCCUCAUCCUCUUCAUCUUCAUCCUCAUCCUCUAGCAACUCUGCCCUCUUGUCCUCCUUUGAGGACUCCUUCACGCGUCGCUCAUCAUCACGCAUGUCUGUAUUCUCGACGUCAUCCUCCGGCUCAUCGCCUUUCCCCAUCUCCUCGUCUCUGCCGACUAAGACGCGGCCUUUGUCUAAUUUGUCUGCCGGGGGUAUGUUGCCCGUACCCGAUGUGCUUAUGAAAGCACCCGGGCGUUCAUCAACGUCUUCUUCCCUUUCCUCCUUGUUGGAGCCCUCCACCGGCCGGUCGACUCGUCGCCAUUCAUCAGGAAGCUUUGCCGGCUAUCGCAUGCGGAGUCCGCUAUCUCUGCCCUCAUCUUCCGUGACAGGCUCGUCCAGCGAUGAUGAAGAGCUAGAAGGUGACGAGGACGCGUGGAAGCUCCCGAGACGACCUCAGAUCGAGACACGCUCCUGGUCAUAUGACAACCAGCGCACUUACCCAGUGAUGCCCAUGCCUCCUGUCAAGGAGGUGCGGAUCGUCAACGGGGUUCAAGUCGAGGUGGAGGUUCCUCGCCCGCUGAAAAAGCUGUUCACGUUUGCGGAAAUCCCGGUGAACCCUUGAUGCGUCGGCUGUGACCACGAACCGACACGAGCUACUCUAUCCCCGAGCGUCACGACCCAUACCCAGCGCGUCUAGUCCGUUGCAUUCCGCAUUGCAUCUUCACACCAUUACCCGCAUUCUUUCUGCCACAAACACAUCAGCAUCCAUCCGCAUUCGCAUCCAUAUUUUCCGGGUUUCGGGUUCGGUCCGUUCUGUGCAUUGACACAGACUUCAAUCCAUGUAUGUACGACUAGGUACUUUAUUCUUACUUGUUUGGUACUUUACUCGACGGUUUUUGGGGGACUAUUGUACGUACGAUGAACUAGUUUUUCAGGAGAACAAAAUUGUACAUAACACACACUUGUAUCCAAUGUCAUAUCAUAGCCUUGUAACUUGCUUGUAACCGUGGUUUCGUCUAUGGGGCCCGUCGUGCCAUUUAGUCUUUCAUCUCCUUGCGCCCAGCCAUGACGCGCGAGCUGAAUCGAGUGGGAUACAGCAGUGGAUCAUAUGCUUGCAUGCGACGUCAUAGGAGCAGCGACCGGACCGGAUGCACAACGCGCGCGCAACUGCUGAGCACGAGCUGAGCAUGCGGAUAAACGACGGGGCCCGUCGGUCGAGGAUGAGCCGCUUUGCACUGCAUGCACCUCCUGCUCAGGCGCGCGACCACAUGCUUUCUUAAUCUACGGGCAAAUUGACUCGGCG